UUCUCCACCUCUAUCGCCGGAUUGCCCUGGUUUUUUAUGAACGUUUCUCAUCGUGUGCGCUUAGAGAAGAUACACAGCAAGAUUGACAAGAUGAGCGGGAGUCCCCUCUGUGGCGUGGAGCCGACCGACUUCCAGGCAGCCGCCACUGCUGCAGCUGCUGCUGCGGCAGCCGCCACCAGGGCCAACAGCUCCUCGGACCGGGAUGAGUGGAGCGUGGGCGAAUGCGGUUUUAUGGAUCCGGAAGUGCAGCGCACAAUGCGGAGUGGAAGUGCCGCAGAGGACAUAACACAGUAUCCGCUGCGUGGAUGGCUCGAUGUGACCAACGAGUUCUACUCGGCCUGUAAAGAGCUGCUACCCGGCGAACUGGCACAGGACAUGAUGUUUGGUCUAUUCGAAGCCAUGUCUGCGAUCGAGAUAAUGGACCCAAAGAUGGAUGUGGGCAUGGGCUUCGACAAGUCGGAUUUGCCUCCGCCCUCCUUCGAGGUAGCCAUCAAGAUGGGCGUUAUCAAGCUGGACGACCUGACGCCCACCGAACUGAUUGGGAUCUUUGAUGCUCUUUUCUCCUGCGUUGUGUCCUGGCUGGAGGGCAAUUCAAUGGAUCAGGUGUUGUUCACGUGUCUCUAUCUGCACGCCCCGGCUAAGAUCAAGGACAAGGCGCUGCGCGUCUUCUGCACUGCAGUGCGUAAUCUCAUUGUGGUCAUCAAGAGCAUCAUCCUCAUAGCCGGUGUAAACGAGGAGGAGGAUUUCCAGCUGUACGGCAACUCAGCCCUGCUGUCCGCGGAGAAAGCUCACCCCGGCAAUAUUUUUGGUUAUCUGAAGGAGGUAGAGGACGAGCUGGUGCGCAAAUGCAAGCAGCUGACAUCGCCGGAGGACCUGAUGUCCGUGGUGCAUCGCCUCCGCUUUAUGCGGCACCUGUUCCAGGUCAUCUACCAGGUGGAGCAGAUGGCAGCCCAUGACAGCGCAGUGGAUACAAUGAGCGAGAUUUACAAGAAUCUGAACGUGGCUUCCGAACUGCUGCCGCUUAUACGCAAAACCAUUGAUCGGGGCACCCAGCCCGUGGAGGGCUCGGAGGCCCCAAAUCCCAUUGGCUUCUCGACGCGCAUUCAUGACCGCAGCCAGCCGCCCUCGUUUCCUCGCAGCAUUAAGAUCCGAGACCGUCCAGCCAGCUUUCAGUUUCUGGAGGAGAUGAUCUCGCGUUUCAAAUACGCCUGCAAAGUGACGCGGAAUAAGGACUACUUCUCAGCGCUGAACUUCUUUAUCGAGUACAGUAAAAAGUCGGGGCAGUGCAUCCUCUCGAGAAGCGUGCUGCAGAGCCUAUUCAACGCAAACUUGCGGCUGGUGCAUGGCAGAAUGCCGAUGAAGCUGUUUCUGCGGCACUCGGUGCAAGCCUUCAACUCCCCGCCGGUGCUCAGUGCCAAGAACUCGGUGUCCGCUGAUCCCAAGGUGCAGCAGCAGCUGGAGAACUUCUUCCGCUACUGCAUCAGCCUGAACACCUUCACCAUGUUUAUACGCAUCUGUGGCUUCAAUCGGGCCAGGCAGCGGGACAAGCUGGGUCGAUUAAUUGAGAAUUUCGACGCCAUUCAGGUCGAUGCGGCCAGACUGGACUCGUUUAUGAACCAAUUGGCCAACGAGCGGGCCAUGGAGGGCAACGAGCUGCACGCCACGGCCCUUAAGCACAGCACCCACUUCUCCACGUGGGUCCUGUACAACUGCUUCCGUGCCAUGCUGAUCUACCUAAUGUCCGGCUUCGAGCUGGAGCUGUAUGCUGUGCACGAGUUCCUCUACAUCUACUGGUAUCCGUACGAGUUUCUGGUGGGCUUCCUCGUUUCGGCGCUGACACGCACGGAAAAUAUACUUUUGGCCCAGGAGGAAUACGCGGAGCAUCUGAGUAAGAUUCAAGCGAAUGGCGGCAGUGCCUCCAAGAACCGCAAGGCGGCCAAGCCCAGGAAGAACAAAAAACUACAGCGACCGUAUCGUUGCGAGAUAGUCUUCUACCACGCCCUCCUUAGCCUCUGUGGCGGCAUGUACAAGGCCAUGGGCGCCCUUACCAAAGACGGACGCGUGCGUCUGCCAAUGGCCACAUUUGACAACGAGGAGGUUCGAUACAAUCGACGAUUCCGUCCCUUUGGUUCACUCACCAGUCCACCGCCCGUCAGCUAUCAGGAGUUCAAGAGCAUCCGCGAUCACAUGAUGCUUGCCAGCGUCGAGGAUCUGUACUCUGUGGCAGCCAAGCAUUUCGAUCAGGCCCGAAACAUUUUGGAAAACAUACAGAACCCUGACCAGGAAGUGCUGGACCUUCUUCAAAUCGCUCGCACCAACUUUGUUGUGAUGAACGUGCUGGCCCGUGGCCAUCAGAAGGAUGUGAAGCGCCAGCCAGAGUUUGACUUUUCCAAGCAUAGCUAUUUCCCCAUUAUUAAGUUGAAAUAAGCGGCUGGCCAUUAGAUUUUAAAUGUGUUCAACCUCCACCAACCAUAAUCGACUAAAUUAAAUGUAUGUAUGGAGUUU